AUUAUAGUUAGGAAAAAUAUGACCAACCUGGUUCGUGAAUGGGUUAGAUUUUAUUUUGUGAAUUAUACUGAGUUAAUCCUAAAUUGACCAAACUUUGCCGUCCUUUUAACCAAACGAAUUCACACUUCUUCAUGAAGACUGAGAACAUAUUGGCAUAACGACAUUGCUAAACUAGGCUUUCAUUACGCUGAUAGCCUUUUUUGUGUCCUACCAAGUCAUGUAUUCAGGAAAUUUGUGGUGCAUAUCUCCUGAAAUUCAAAUUAGGUUUCAUUACUUUCCAUAAUCUAUUUUCUUGAUGAAUGUAGAAUUUUUUUUUAUGCCAUGAGAUUUAUAAAUUGGAUAUGCAUAUGUUUCUUCUAUUUUAUAUCAAUAAUUUGGUAUGAUAGAUAGGAAGCAAUCUUAUGUUCAUGGAUCUGCCUGUCUUUAAGAUUUCAUGAAGGUCGUAAAUCCUAUUUUUGCUAAAUCUUCUUGAUUUCCCCAAUUUAUAUCAAUAAUUUGCGUUCGACGCCCAGCUUCACUAAUUUUAUGGUGUUGAGAGUAGAGAACGCAAACCUCACGCAAUAUCAAAUCUGGCGGGAGCCAACGGAUAGCAAGCAAACAAAGAAAGAGUUGGAUGGCAAGAAAUCUAAGGGGCUUUGGUUUCAAAUCCCUUCUCGUUUCCAAAAGCAUAAUACCACUCGCAACACCUCGCCAUGUCCAUUUUUCUCCCCAAGGCUUCAUCGAGAGAUCCCUAUCCCAUCCUCUCCUCACUUACUCCUCCUUGGACCACCACCUGUCCGACGAAAUGCCUCAGAGAGCUGCCUUUGUCUUCCACAUCCUGAAACUCCUUAAACGUACGUCGCUGGACACCAGCCUCAUCGCUUCAAUUCAUGGCUUAUCUGUUAAAAGUGAUGCUAUCUCUGACCUCUCAGCUCGCACGUCCCUCCUCACUGCAUAUGCGAGAGCCCAUGAUCUGGAUUCGUCUAUGGCUCUCUUUGAUGAAGCUGUCGCCCGAGAUGUGAUCAUUUGGAAUGCCAUCAUCAAUGCAUUCGUCCUCAAUUGCCACUUCCAAACUUCGAUUGUUCUUUUCCAAGAAAUGACAAAGUGUUUUGGGAAAUACGAUUCGACAACGCUGGUUAUCAUGAUGUCGGCUUUUUCUCGUACGCAUAACUUGAGGCAUGGAACAGCUCUCCAUGGUAUGAUCAUUAAGAGAUGUUUUGACUUUGAUGUUUAUCUCUGUAAUGCUUUGAUCGAUAUGUAUGCCAAGUGCGGCGAUUGGAACUCCUCAGAGCUUGUCUUUGGAGUGAUGGAAGCCAAGGAUGCUGCUUCGUGGAAUUCUAUGAUAAAUGGAAGCCUCUAUAAUAGUCUUCCGGUAAAAUCUGUUUUCUGUUUCAGGGAAAUGAGUCGCUCGUUUGUUAGAGAGGAUGAAGUUAGUCUAUCAGGUGUGAUCUCUGCAUGCUCUUAUUUGGAAGAGUUGUUUGCUUUUGGGGAAUCAGUGCAUGGUUGGGUGAUCAAAUUGGGGUACCAGGGGAUCCCUCUUUCUUCUGUGUCCAAUUCUCUUAUUUCCUUCUAUUCUCGACAUGGGGAUGUGGAAACUGCAGAGUUGAUAUUCAAAAGACUUGUUGAUAGGAACGUGGUUUCAUGGAAUUCAAUGAUAAGUGGAUUGGUGGAGAAUGGAAGAUUUGAUCGGGCUCUUGACUUUUUCUGGGAGAUGCAGAAGACAUCAGCAAUGCAAACCGACGGUGUAACAGUGGUAACCAUCAUUCCAGUCUGUGGUGAGUUCAACCUGCUUCGUCAAGGGAAAUCAAUUCAUGGGUUUACCAUCCGGAGGGAACUUGAUCCCAUGGAUUGCUCAAUAGAAAACAGCUUGCUUGAUAUGUAUCUCAAGUGUGAUGAUGUAGCAACUGCAAACCUUCUCUUCAGAACCAUGCCUAACAGAGACUUGAUCUCAUGGAACACGAUGAUCUCCGGGUAUGCACGAAUUAUCUCACUAAAAAGAGAGGCUAGAGUUUUGUUCUCUGAAUUGCUUCAGACAGAUCUGAAAUGUAGCUUGACUACUCUGCUAGCUAUUCUUCCUGCUUGCACUUGCCCCAAUGACCUUAGCUUUGGGAAAGCAGUUCACUGUUGGAUGCUUAAGUUUGGAUUUGCAAACUGUGUUUUAGCUGUCAACGCCCUUAUGCUUAUGUAUAUCAAUUGUGGGGAGCUAACAGCUUCUUCCAUGCUGUUGAAAAGCAUUCUGUCUGUAUCGGAUGUCAUCUCAUGGAAUACAAUCAUAGUAGGCUAUGUGCAAAAUGGCUGUUACAAGGAAGCACUUGAAGCCUUUGAGUUCAUGUGCUGCUCUUUGCUUCUAAAUCCUGACUCGAUCACAUUGGUUAGUGCUCUGUCAGCAUGCGGACAUCUUGAAUUACUGUUGCAUGGCUGUUUUAUCCAUGCUUUUGCAUUGAAGAGUUCUAUGGACUGUGAUGUUCGGGUGAGAAAUGCAUUGAUAACCAUGUAUUUCCGAUGUCAGGAUAUUAUGAGUGCUGAAUCGGUGUUUCAAAUGGAUGGUGAUCGAAAUUUGUGCUCAUGGACUUGUAUGAUCUCUGGUUAUGUGCAGAACAAGGAGGGUGGAAGAGCUUUAGAAAUCUUUCGUCAUAUGGAAGAUUUUGUACCUAAUGAGAUCUCCAUUGUUGGCAUUCUAUGUGCUUGUACUCAACUAGGAAAUCUUAGGCUUGGUAAGGAAAUUAAUGGCCAUGUGUUUCGUUUUGAGCUACAGACUAAUGCUUUUAUAUCCUCAGCGCUGUUGGAUAUGUACAGCAAAUGUGGAAGACUAAACACUGCUUUUCGAGUAUUUGAAACUUCUGCUGAGAAAUCUAUUUCCUGCUGGAACUCCAUGAUAUCAGCAUAUGGAUUUCAUGGGCACGGAAGAAUAGCCAUUGAGCUUUUUUUGAAGAUGUGUGAAUUGGGUGUCAAAGCUACCGAGAGCACCUUCAUUGCUCUAUUAUCAGCAUGCAGCCACUCUGGACUGGUUGAUGAAGGAUGGAAGUUUUACAACCUCAUGUCAGAGAAAUUUGGGAUUAAACCUACUGUCGAGCACCAUGUUUGCAUGGUUGAUAUGCUCGGUCGUGCCAGAAGGCUUGGAGAAGCUUAUGAAUUUGUUAUGAAAAUGCCUGUCAAACCAGAACCAGGAGUUUGGGGAGCUCUUUUAAGUGCUUGCAAUGAUCCUGCUGAUCUUAAACUGGGAAAAUCUAUUGGAGAGCAUUUAUUUGCCUCUGAACCUGAAAAUGCAGGUUAUUAUGUUACAGUUUCAAACUUAUAUGCAUAUUAUGGUUUGUGGAGUGAUGCUGUAAACAUUAGGAGCAUGAUUAGAGAUAGAGGUCUGGUGAAGCCUCCAGGUUGCAGUGCCAUUAAUGUUCUGAGUGGGUGAAGAAUUUCCAUCCUUAUUUGGAUUCUAUACACAUAUCUAAAAUGAAACACAAACAUCCUUCUUUUUGAUUCCUUUUAAGAGAGUGAGCAGUAAAUGGUAAGAGCCAAGAGAUGGCAACUCAAUUGGAAAUGCACACUUCACUUACCUGUGCAGGGUGGCUUUUUGGGUCAUGGCUGCUUUACCUAUCGAGACCUAAAUUUCUCUCCAGGGAAACCGAUAUUGGAAUUCCUCAUUCUUCCACCAAGAGAUGAGUUUCUGAUGAAAUAGCAAUUAGAAAAGCAAGUCUUGCUUUGGAAUCAAGGGUCUGGCUACAUAGGCUUACACUGUGAAAUGUAUAUAUUGUUCAAGAUUGACAGAAUACUGAAGAUCAAGUUGAUAAAGAAAGGACUGCUACUUAUAGAUGUUGCGAGAGAGUAUACAUUUUAUUAGGUACAUAGGAUACUGAGUGAUUCUAUUGCUGGGAUUUACUAGAAAGCAAUUAUCAAAAGCAUUGGUUAUUCGGUACAACCAUUCAAUAUAAAGCUUCAUGAGCUAUAUGUUUCAAACCUUUGAUUCUCUACUAUAUUUCAGGAUGAAGAAAAUAAUAGAGUUGCUGCUGAGCACUGAAUUGGUGAGUGAAGUAAAUUAUUGAAAUGAAAAAUUAGGUCUCGUCAGUCAAGAAAAAUUUUAUCCUCUUAUGAUUGGAGCCUCUAAAUUGAGCAAUUUUGUUUACCAUGUAAAACAGACAAUUAGCCAUUCGAAAGCGAACAAGGCUUUGACCGAGCUGGCUUGUUUAUGAGCAUAUUCUUGGGGAAAAAUAAACCAUUUUGGAGAAUAUCAGAAAUCCUCACUGGUGCACAAUCCUGAUAAACAGAAAGUAUGAAGCAAAUGACUAUUAUUAUACUAACAUGUACUGUCUAGUUUAUAGAUUCUACUUUAAUAAGACGUUCUAGGCCAAGGCCAAAUUAUGCAAAAGAAUAAUGAAGGGGAAAAUUGUCCUAACUCCUUCAUUG